AUGGCCACGAAAGUGUGCUUAAAGGAGAAAACGAAGGGGGAAGCCCACCGGUGGGGAGUGCCAUGUGUCGGUGCGAUUUCGUAUUUAAAUCUAAACAAUACCCAGAAUAAUGGUAGCUCUUUUCUCUCUGCUUGCUUACAGAGAAAAAUAAGUUACCAUUCCGUUCAAUCUCUCACUUAAUUCAACCAAUUUCCAAGUUCCAUCUUCUCCUUUCCCUGUGUGUGUGCGCGUUUUUGAAUCCAAAUCUCUUAUAUCUUUACAUCGCAUCCAUUUCCAACUCGUUUUCUGGCCUUUUCCACUUAGCGUCGGAUCUGGGUUCUUCAUGCUUUAUUUUCCAAGAGUUUGAUAUUAAGGCUUGUUGAAAGCUGUUGUUGUGUGAGUUUAAAGCUUGAAAGUUACCAUCUUUGCUUCUUCAAGUUGAAGUUUCUUGUUCGCAUUCCCAAAGUUUAAGAUUUCAGGACUGGGAAUUUAGAUUCUGGAGUGUGUUUCCAUGGAUGAAAUGGCUUCUAGGUUUACAGAUUUAGAACUCGGCCUCGGAAAUGAAAUCACAACUGUCGGACAACCGUUGCUUGCCAAGGUCGUGGAAGGCGGUUCCGCCGAGGGGUUGGAUAAUAGAGUGUCUUUGUCCGGCGGUGCUUCGAAUUCCGGUAGGGUUAAUGCAGAGAAUUCCAUGAAGAGCAUGGAUGUGAAGGGACAAGAUAGUAAAGAUGCUAAGGAGAAUAUGUUAGUGAAGGAGAAACGUAAAAGAUUGGGUAACAAGAAACCUUCUAAACCUCCUAGGCCACCAAGAGCCCCAUCGUUGGAUGCAGCUGACCUUAAACUAAUUAGGGAGAUCGCAGAACUCGCGAGGUUGAAGCGUGCGAGGAUCAAACGGAUGGGAGCCUUGAAGAAAUUGAAAUCUGCUAGUGCCACCAAACCAACAUCUUCUAGCAGCAGCAACAUGUUUGCCAUGGUGUUUACUGUCAUUUUUUGUCUUGUCAUGCUGUUUCAAGGAAAGUCGCCCGGAGGCACACCGACAACUCACCAAGGAUCUCCGUUGCCAGCAGCGGCAGUAGUGGGAGUCCAAAUUCACUCCAGUUCUCGGGGAACUCAUCCGCAAGCUUUCGAGAUCAAGCACAUUCCGUAUCUCCCUAUUUAGUCGAGCAGGUUGCGGGUUUAGAAGCGAAGGAAAAGCCGGGAAGAUUUUCUGGGUAAAAGGGUGCAAUGGUGUUUCAUUUGUAGCCUACUAAGAGUGAUCAAUGGAGUAUAAUUUUGGUGGUGAUCUAUCCCUUGUUUAUGUCUAUGGUAUGUGAUGUUUAGGGGGGUGAGUUAAAUUACCAUGUAAAUCCUUGGUC